UUACAUGUCAACAGCAACUACCUUUUUUUUUCAAAGUCACCUUUCUUUUAAAUAAAAAGGCGAAAUUGCUAUAUUGCUGUGUUGGCAAAUGAUGGCCAAUUGCUCAAUUGCUCCAUCCGUUGAACCUCUCUUUCAGAGCUUCAAUGGUCUUCAAUACCUUGCCGAAACGUGUCGUUUCAAGGUACCAAAUGCAUGGUUCUUGGAUCAAUUUGGAGUCCUUCAUGAUGGCAAACAACCUUACCCAGGCGCUAUUUCAACAUUGGAAAAGCUGGCAACUACUGGUGCCAAGAUGGUGAUUAUAAGUAAUUCCUCAAGACGUGCAUCAACAACAAUUGAGAAAAUGAAGAACCUAGGAUUUGAUCCUUCUCUCUUUGCAGGAGCCAUCACCAGUGGAGAAUUAACUCAUCAGUACUUGCAAAGGAGAGACAAUGCCUGGUUUGCUGCACUUGGAAGGUCUUGCAUUCAUAUGACCUGGAGUGACAGGGGUGCUAUAUCUCUUGAGGGUUUGGGCUUACAAGUUGUGGAGAAUGUUGAAGAAGCUGAUUUUAUCUUGGCUCAUGGCACUGAAGCCUUGGGGCUUCCAUCAGGUGUUGUAUGUCCUAUGAAUCUUGAGGGUCUUGAGAAAAUAUUGGAGUGUUGUGCAACUAAAAAGAUCCCCAUGGUGGUUGCUAAUCCAGACUUUGUGACUGUUGAAGCUAGAGCUUUGAGUAUCAUGCCUGGUACAUUGGCAGCCAAAUACGAAAAGCUUGGUGGUGAAGUGAAAUGGAUGGGGAAGCCAGAUAAGAUAAUAUAUGAAUCAGCUAUGGCAAUGGUCGGUGUGGAUGCUUCUGAUUCUAUUGCUGUGGGUGACUCUCUUCAUCAUGACAUUAAAGGUGCAAAUGCAGCUGGAAUCCAGUCAGUAUUUAUCACUGGAGGGAUCCAUGCAACUGAACUUGGACUCCAUAGUUUUGGACAAGUUGCAGAUAUAUCCUCUGUACAGGCCCUUGCAUCCAAAUAUGAUGCAUGUCCAACAUAUGUGUUACCAGCAUUCACAUGGUAGAAUUAAGUUCUGAUGCUUGAUUUUCAGAUCUUCAAGAAAGAAAUUGCUUUCCCAAGCAGUAAGUUCUACAGACUACAUUCUGACCUGUGCAUGGUGGGUCAAAAGGGCAGAACCUAAUCCAAAACAAAUUGAAAAAUUCAAGGGCACUGGACACUUUGGCCAGGGUGAUGUUUUAUAAUAUAUGAUUUGAUUGAAAUAUCUUGAUUCAAAUUUAGUUCCCAAUGUCAUGGAAAACAUAAAGGGAAAAAGAGACGAAAGGAAUGACUGUUACACCUGUCACUAGCUCAAGAUCAAUUAAGUUUGUUUUAUUAGAGAAUUGGGUUCCUGUCAUGUUAUCUUUGUUGGAUGCUUUAUGAUGUUUGUCAUUUGGCAAUACGUUCAAUGAAUAACCAUAAAAAGUUCACUUUCCCACUUUGUUUAUUCUCUAUCAUCUAAUUAAUUUAAUUGGGAUCUCUCACACCUCUCUUUGUGGUCAUAUCUAGCUGACAAUUCUUAAUAGGUAUGAUCACUGCCAUUGAAGAUCUCAUCAAUUUGCAGCCUUGUGCUUUCAUUCUUCACGAUAUGAUAUCCUGCAAGUCAAUCCUUACAGUCAGUUGCUGCAGAUUUCAAGAUUGACUAGCAGCAAACUUUGCAUCAAUGUCUCUCCAGGUAUCAUUGAAUCUGGAGCGGAAGCCGCCGCCAUAAGAGUCUUGCCUAAUGACACUAUUUACAUUGAUUCAAUCAUCCCUAUUAUAUGGUAAUUAUUGCGUUUCAAUUUGCACCAAAUGGGAACUGUUUGCAAUUUUUCUUCUUUGUAUAUAGAAAUAUUUUUUGAUCAACUAGUAUCAUUUUUGGGAAAAGAGUAGACUCAAAUUCAACUCAUUAAAUUAGGAUAUCCAGCACUUUAGUAUGUCAAAAGAGUUUAAUAUAAAUUCUUGUUAAGAUUUAUUAAUUUUUUAUUUUUAAAAAAUAUUUUUUAUUUAAUAUAUUAUUUUCAUCAAUUUUUUUAAAGAAAUGCAUAUAUUAAUUUCAAUUUUUUUUCUAUAAAUAUCACUUUUAACAAAUGUUUAUAGAAUCUUUUCAACAUUUGGCAAAUUCCAACUAAAAGUUUGUUGACUAUCAUAAUUGAACUAUAUAAAUAUUUCUUUGACGUAAUGUGAAGAGUUUGGUUUAUCAACAACAUUAGCAGGCAUGAGUAAUAAUAGCUAGUUGAAAGAAAUUACUAAGAAACUGGGGAUAGAAGAUUAUACCAUUGACAUGUCAUAUUCAUUGUAGGCUUUUUUACCAUGAAAAUGUCAUAUCUUUGUUGGUGGCAUUAUCCAAUAAGGUAUUGCCGCCUUUGCAUUUUACAAUAUAAUAAUAGUAGGAAACAUGCUCCCAAUUUUUCUAACACUUCUUUUUUUUUAUUAUUUUCGAAAAAUGUUCAAACACAUUAAACUAACUCAAUUUGCCAAAAGUUAUGGUUUUCUUUUCUUUUUUUUGCAAUUAGAAAAGUGUAUUAAUAAAGUAAAGUAAGGCAUUAUCACUUCAAAGAUUAUAUUAAAUCGGUUUUCUGAAUUGAAGUUUCCCAUAUAACCUCUAAAAGUAAUUGAUUUAUGAUUUAUCAUUUUUUAUAUGAAAUUAGAUCUAAUAAUUCAUAUUUUUGUAUUUAAUCAUGUCAUAUAAAUAUAAGAUAUUAAUAAUUAUAGUAGUAUUUAUACAAGUCAAUGAACAAGUUUUAACUGUACAUUAAAUGCAUCUACUCAAUACAUGAAUACGGUUAAAUAAAUAAAUAAUAAACAAGUUGUAAGUUAUAUGAAAACACAAUGGCACAAUUAAUUAAUCAUGUUUUAGAUGAAUUUUAAAUCAAUUAAACACAUUUAAAUCCAUCGAUGCAAUUAAUACAUAAAAUUAAUUAACUUAAAUCUAAACUUAUUUAAAUCGAUGUUGCGGUCUAUAUAAAAUCUUUAUCUUUUAUAGUCUCAUUCUCCCUUCCAUGUAAACUUAGUUAAAAAAGAACUUGUAAGCUUUAUUGUACAUAUUUAAUUGUCUUGAAUCUGUCUAUAUAUAGUCUUUUAUAUCUAAAAGAAGACUUAAAUUUAAUCAUACCCAAAAAAAUAUACACCUUCCAUAUUUUUAACUAAUAAAAAUCCAAAUAUUCAAAAAAGAAAAAAUUAAAUUCAAAUUAAGGUAAUGAAAAAGAAAAAUAUUUUGCUUGGAAUACGUAUUAGAAAUAGUAAUAUAUUGCCACCAUGGAAAAAAAAAGCUUUAAAAAAUGAAAUUAAAAAGAAAUGAAAGAAGGAAAAGGACGGAACACGGCAGCACCAGUUUCGUCUGCAGGAAAAUAUAAGGUUGAGAUAAUAAAUUUCACGCAGAAGCGCAAACGAAAGAGUGAGAAAAAAAAAAAAAAAGGAAGAAGAAGAAAGCGUUCUAGACUUAGAUCCAUUGACCAAUAAAAGAACACGCAUCCACCCACCCACAGCGGUUUCUUUUUCUUCUUUUUAGCCAAAA